AUCGCGGAGCGCGGGGGGCGGGGCCUGAUUGAUUGACGUUCGUUGUCUCCAAUCAGGAUGCGGCCGGAAGUGGAGGGAGCGGAGGAACAACAAUGGCGGCGAAGACCUUGGAGCCGCUGACGGAGCCGCUCAGUUCACACGCGGCCGCCUCCACCCGAGUUUAGGAGCCGUUGCUGUGGACUGAGAGACGGGGACGUGAGCGCCAAUUCAGGGCUGCCAGGGUGCCUGUGAGCCCCCCACAUCUGCUCGGUGUGCGUGCUGAGCUUCGAGGGGCUGCGCUUUGAUGGAGGACCACAUGACGGGGCACAACAAGGGGAAGCGUUAUGAGUGUGACGUGUGUGGCAAGGCCUGGCAGAAGCCGUCCCUGCUGGAGAUCCACCGGCGGGUGCACACGGGUGAACGACCCUUCGACUGCUCGGAAUGCGGCAAGAGCUUCACCAGCUCCAGUACCCUGCAGGGGCACAACCGUGUGCACUCCAGCAAAUAUCCCUUCACCUGUUCUGACUGUGGCAAGAGCUUCAAGACGGCGAAUCAACUGAAGAAGCACUGGCAGGUGCACACGGGCGAGAAGCCCUAUGGCUGCUCCACCUGCAGCAAGAGCUUUGAACAGUCGUCGGCGUUGUGGAGGCACGGCGGGUGCACAGCAGUGAGCAGCCCUUCACCUGCUCCAACUGCGGCAAAGGCUUCAAGUCGUCCAAACAACUGAAGGUGCACAUGUGCCUGCACACUGGGGAGCGGCCCUACACCUGUGCCCAAUGUGGCAAGGGCUUCACCCAGUCCCACAACCUGCUGUUGCACCAGCGCACCCACACUGGCGAGCGCCCCUUCACUUGCGCCCAGUGUGGCAAGGGCUUCACCAGCUCCACUAGGCUGCAUUUCCACCAGCGGACCCACACAGGGGAGCGCCCCUACACCUGUGCCCAGUGCGGCAAGGGCUUCACCCAUUCCGGAAACCUGCUGGUACACCAGCGCACCCACACCGGCGAGCGUCCCUACACCUGCAUCCAGUGCGGCAAGGGC